AUGCCCGCUGCAUCCCCACAUUGUUGGAGCCUCACGGAGGAUGCGGACAUGCUGAACUACGUGGGCGCCUCCUCCUGGGAGGGCGAGCAGGCGGCGAGGCCCAUCCUGGCGGAACGCUACAAGACGAAGUUUUGUCGCAACUACAUGGAAACGGGGAUGUGUCUGUACGGGUGGCGGUGUAUGUUCGCCCACGGCGCACAUGAGCUACGGACACCGGAGAUGAACUUCCAUGACGGCCUCGUUACAGAAGAGGCCAUUCGCGCGUUUCGGCGUCGACGGGCCGCACCGGCGUACUUCUAUGCGGCCCCGCGUAACGGCGCCCUGCGCCACAGGAUGCGGAAAGCGGCACCCGCGACACAGUACACGCACAACCCCUACGCUUGCGACCUUCUUCCACUGCAAAACCGUCUCUACAGCCAAGCACCGGCGCUGGGGACGCUGCCCGGUACGACAGAGCCACUUUGUUGUUGCGGCUAUGGACACACGUGCUGCAGCUACUUGGACUCCAUUGAAAACCAAGAUGGCUGUGCAUCCUACGUUGAAAUAACACAGUCACCCGAUUGCUACGCAUUCCGUAAUGAUGACGCUGAGCUUUCCGCGUGUAGCAGCAUUGGUAGUGACUCGGAGGAUAACCGCCAGCCAACAACGCCCUAUAAGGCACACUCCAAAGAACAACCGCCCAUGGAAGAUGUGGAGAAUGGAACAGAGGCACCGUAG